CUGCAAGGAAGGGGAAGCGUGUUUGGAGCUGGAAGAGAAGAAGAAGAAGAGGAAGCAGCAGCAGCAGCAUCACUACAAAGCUCCUCUUGAGCCUCUUUAGCUGUCUGUGUCUGACCUUUAACCUUAUGGACUAAAAUCCUCCUCAGGUGAAUUCUUCAGUCUUGGAUCCUUUGUGUUGUGCUGGUAAUCAAGAUGCAGGCACAGGUGGCGUGGUUGCUUCUCCUCUGUUUCACAUGUGGUGGACUUUGUACAGACGCUGACCUGGACCAGCGAGCUCUGGAGGAGGAGCUACUCAGCAGUCUCUUCACUUCUAAGAUGAAACAGAAUAAGCAGAGUGCCCCCUACUGGCGCGUGUCGCUGGCCAACCUGUGCAGGAUGGUGAGCAGCCUGCGGCAGGAGGCGUGGAGCGGCGAGGAGGAGGAAGAGGGCAGCGAGCUGACGGAGGGAGGCCUCCAGCUGCUGGAGGAGCUGUACAACCUGCAGCUCAUCUGUCGAGCACUGCAGAGCCGGGAGGAGAGGCUACUCCACGACUCUCAAGAAUAUUUAGAGGAGAACGGCGGCACUCCGCUCAAACGAAAAUCACCCUACAUCCUGAAGAGGCAAGCGUCGCACACCACCAAGUCCCGGAGGCCGUACAUCUUAAAACGAAGUACAAUUUACUGACAACCAUCCCGGAGGCCGAAGUGACGUUUCAGGGGACCAGACACUUCCUGUGAAGAUGUGAUUGUGUUUUUUUUCUCUCUUUCUGUAGCUGCGAUGUCUAUUUUUCUUUUCCCGUUGUGGUUUUCAUCCCGUCAGACCCUUGGAUUGUGUGUCCAGCAUUGAGGCCUGCCUGUAUUCUGCUCCUUUCAAAGUCAAGGUCCUGAAAAUAAAAUCCUGAGCAUCAAGCAAAUUGUGUAUCUCUGAGAAACUAUAUUUAUUUACUCGAUUUCCUCACUGCACACUGAGUCUUUUUUGUUUCAGGAUAUGAUUAAAGGAUUCAUGAUACGAAA